AUGAGCGCGCAGAGAUCGUUCGUGAAGAAGACCAAGGCUGGGCGGGUCAUGAAGGUGGUCCGCGAGCACUACCUCCGGGACGACAUCUACGUCGGGUGCGAGCUGGCGACGGAGGAGUACAGGGGACCCGACCAGAGCACCUGGAAGCUCUCCCCGGGGGCGAGCAAGUUCAUCGUCAUCGACACCAACGUGGCUCUGCACCAGCUCGAUCUAUUAGCGCACAAGUCCAUCGCCGACGUCGUGGUGCUGUCCGUGGUGCUGGAGGAGUGCCGGAACAGGAGCAAGUCGAGCUACGACAGGCUUCGCUCGAUGUGCCAGGACCCGACGAAGCGCUUCUUCGUGUUCGCCAACGAGCACCACAGGGACACGUACAUCAAGGCCGAGCCCGGGGAGUCCCCGAACGACCGUAACGACCGGGCGAUACGCGUCGCCGCCAAGUUUUACCAGCGAGCCAUACCCAGCAAGCGCAUCGUGCUCCUGACCAACGACCGGGGAAACCUGCUGAGAGCCAAGGAGGAGGGCGUCGACGCGCUCAGCGUGAGACAGUUCGCCAGGGAACACGCGGCGGACGCCCCGGAGCUCAUGGAUCUCGUGGCGGGUAACGACAUAGACGAUGAGGACGUCGCUGCGGCGGCCGCGGACGACGCCCCAUCCGCCAAGCGCAUAUUCGCCGAGCACCUCUCGGCGUCGCAGAUGGCGGCCGGGAUCAAGGGCGGCACUCUGCACCAGGGAUCGUUGCGCACGGGUAGGUUCUCGCCGUGGGAGGGAUACGUCGGCUCCGAUGCGGUGGGCGGGGACAUCAUGAUUGUCGGCAGGACCGACAUGAACCGAGCCAUGGACGGCGACGUGGUAGCCGUGGAGUUGCUUCCAGAGUCAGAGUGGCGCAGGCCCGGAACCAAAAUCGCAAAGCCCGGAGAGGAACACAAGGAUGACAAGGAGGAUGACAAGGAGGAUGACAAGGAGAACGAGACCGUGAGCCUGGCGCCAGCGGUGGCGGAGGAUGCGGACGACGGUUCGGCGGUGAAGGCCAAACGCGAGGAUGGAGUCGUUCCCACGGGCAGGGUCGUCGGCGUCGUCAAGCGCAAUUGGCGCGAGAGGGGAUACGCCGCGUGCAUCGACCUCGGACCCGGUGCCGCGGGUGCCGCCGCGGCUUCUCGCCUUCUCGCCGUGCCCCAGGACAGGAGGCUGCCGAAGAUUCGCAUCCAGACGCGUCAGGCGGCCGCUUUGGUGGACCAGCGGAUAGUCGUCGUCAUCGACUCUUGGCCCGCGGACUCGCCUUACCCCGAGGGUCACUACGUCAAGUCUCUCGGUAAGCUGGGCGACGCCGACGCCGAGACGGCCGCGGUGCUCCUCGAGGCUGACGUCGACGAUCGACCCUUCGCCCCCGCGGUUCACGCGUGCGUUCCGCCGCUGCCGUGGUCGUUUGACGAACGCACGCACCUGCAGGCGCAGCCGCACAGGGAGGACCUUCGUAACCUGAGAGUGUGUUCCGUUGAUCCGCCGGGGUGCAGGGACAUCGACGACGCCCUGUCUUGCCGGCCUCUGGACGAUGAGGGCAUGCCCGGCAUGCUCGAGCUCGGCGUUCACAUCGCGGACGUCACCUCGUUCCUUCACCCAGACACCGCCAUGGACGACGAGGCGAAGAGACGCGGCACCACCACGUACCUCGUGCAGCGUAGGCUCGACAUGCUCCCAAAGCCCCUGACCGAGGACAUAUGCUCGCUCCGCGGGGGCGUGGAGCGCCUCACGUUUUCGGUGUUUUUCCGAUUCGACGCGAAGACGGGUCUUCCCGUGCCCGGCGUGGAGCCGAGGUUCACCAAGGCUGUCAUCAAGUCAGCCGCGGCGCUGACCUACGCCGAGGCGCAGACGAUGAUGGACGAUCCGAACGACACAUCGCCGCUGGCGAACGAUCUUAGACGCAUAAACGCGUGCGCGAGGUCCCUUCGCAAGCGCAGGAUCGACGCCGGAGCGCUCACGCUGGCGUCCCCCGAGGUGAGGUUCGAGAUGGACAAGGAAACCAACCAACCGCUCGACGUGGGCAUGUACGUGACCAGGGAGGCUAACCAGAUGGUCGAGGAGAUGAUGUUGCUGGCGAACGUCGCGAGCGCGGAGCGUAUACUGCGCGCGUUCCCGUCGCACGCGCUGCUCAGGCGCCACCCCACCCCCGCGCCCAGGAUGUUUGACCCGCUGCUGAAGGCGUGCAGGGCGGCGGGGGUGGACGUGGACGUGAGCACGAGCAAGAAACUCGCAGACUCCCUCGACGCGGCGGUGCGCCCGGACGAUCAGUACUUCAACACCCUGCUGCGCAUCGUCGCCACGCGGUGCAUGUCGCAGGCUGUGUACUGCGUCAGCGGCGCGCACAGCGUGAACGACAGGGUCCACUACGGCCUCGCCGCGCCCCUCUACACCCACUUCACGUCGCCCAUUCGUCGAUACGCGGACGUGGUGGUGCACAGGCUUUUGAACGCGGCGCUCGGGCUCGAACGCGCGCACGCGUCGCUGCAGGACAGCGAGGCGCUGAAGGCUGUGUCGGACAACAUCAACGUGCGGCACAGAAACUCCCAGAUGGCGGCGAGGGCGUCCGUGGAGCUUCACACGCACAUCUUCUUCCGGAAAAAGGCGGCGGAGACGGAGGCGAGGGUCAUUCGAGUCCGCGCCAACGGCCUGAUCGUGUUCGUCCCCAAGUUUGGUAUCGAGGCACCCGUGUUGUUCGAUGAUGAGGAAGAGGAGGGGGAUAAGAAGGCUGUGUUGGACGAGGAAGCGAUGACGGUUACCACGAAGGCGGGCAAGACUUGGAAGGUUUUCGACGCGUGCAAGGUUUGCAUUCAGAUUGAGGAGCUGGCGGCGGGCCGGUCGAGGCUCGCGAUCAAGAUACUGUAG